AUGGCCAUCUCCACGGCCCUCGCCGUCCGCGCCUCUCACUCUACCGCCCCACGUCUCUCCCGCUCGUGUAAUCACCAACUGCUCGUUUUCAGUUCGUCCUUUGCCUGCUCUCCUUUGUUUAGGCGGAAUGGAAGCAGUGCAUCUCCGCGCCUCCGAGGACUGCAAGUUUUAACAUCAGGUGUUUCUGCAUGGUUGGAUGAGAGGAUACACGGUCAAUCUUAUCUGAGGAAAAAUACAAUCGUGGCAUCAGAGAAUGAAAAUCCACCUUUAAUGCCUGCUAUCAUGACUCCUGGUGGCCCUCUGGAUCUGGCAACCGUACUGCUAGGAAACCGUAUAAUCUUCAUUGGUCAAUACGUUAACUCGCAAGUGGCACAACGUGUGAUAUCACAGCUUGUCACACUUUCUGCUAUAGAUGAAGAGGGUGAUAUUCUGAUAUAUCUUAACUGCCCUGGCGGAAGUCUCUAUUCUAUCUUAGCAAUUUAUGAUUGCAUGUCUUGGAUCACACCGAAAGUUGGGACAGUGUGCUUUGGUGUUGUUGCUAGUCAAGCAGCGAUCAUUCUUGCUGGUGGUGAGAAGGGGAUGCGCUAUGCGAUGCCUAAUGCCAGAGUAAUGAUUCAUCAGCCUCAAGGUGGAUCGGAGGGUAAUACGGAGGAGGUGAGGAGACAGGUUGGGGAAACCAUUUAUGCUCGAGAUAAAGUUGACAAAAUGUUUGCUGCUUUCACGGGGCAACCCAUCGAUAUAGUGCGACAGUGGACAGAGAGGGAUCGUUUCAUGUCGUCGUCCGAGGCCAUGGACUUCGGACUAGUCGACGCAUUGCUGGAAACGGAAUGCUAA